AUGGACGAUAUUGUGCUUACAAGGGACGAUAAAGAGAAAAUACCUAGAAUUAAAAAUGUUCUUACAAAAGAGUUCGAGAUCAAAGAUUUAGGAAACCUUAAGUACUUCCUUGGGAUGAAGAUAGCUAGGUCAAAGAAAGGAAUUUUUGUCUCACAAAGGAAGUAUGUGUUAGACCUACUGAAAGACACUGCCAUGCUUGACUGCAAACCAGCCGACACACCAAUGGACUCAACUACUAAACUUAGGUCAAUUCAAGACAGUGCUCCUAUUGAAAAGGGGAGGUAUCAAAGACUUGUAGGGAAGUUGAUCUAUCUUUCUCAUACAAGACCUGAUAUUGCCUUCUUGGGACUGUUUUUCAAGAAAAAUGUAGCGAGAGGAGUUGAAGUAUACUCAGAUACAGAUUGGGCUAGAUCUAUAACUGAUAGAAGAUCUACCUCAGGGUUAUGUACUUAUGUCUGGGGUAAUUUAACAACUUGGAGGAGUAAAAAGCAAUCAAUUGUGGCGAGAAGCAGUGCUGAGGCCGAGUUUAGAGCCAUGGCUCAAGGGAUUUGUGAAGGAAUAUGGCUAAAACGAUUGCUAGUUGAGUUAAAGGUUCCUAUAGAUGGUUGA